CGACUCAGCUCCAGGCUCAAACACGAAAACAUGUGUUUUCUCACAUGCCGACUUUCUCCUGAUCUUUACUCUUUAAAUUAAAUCGUUAUUUUUAUAUAUUUAUUUAAAUAUCUGCCAAUUAAAAUGGCCCCCCGACACCGGAAGCUUGACCGAAAAGAGAUUGACCACGAUGGUAACGUAAAAUCAGAAAAUAUUAAUAAUACAACGAAGAGGAAAGAAUCAAAAAUUAGGGAAAAAUCACAAAAGAGAACACCAUUUAAACCAAUUGUAACCGCAGUGGUGAUAAUAUUUGGAAUUGUGGCGUUAUUCGCAAUCGCACUAAAAUCGCAUAAAUACUAUGAAGACAACUACCUUCAGAAACCUUUAAGUGUCAAAAUACGAGAAUUUAGUGAAAUGUUGAUAAAUCUGGCGGACAUUGCGGAAACGAUGAACAGUCAAGGCGAACCUGACCCGAUGGAUGUAAUCCUCACGAAAAGACUUGGUCCAAUUCAAAACCGUGUGUCCAGUCUAAGAACGCAGAUCAGACAGCAUGAAGAACUCCUGGGAAAAAUUAAGGUCCCUGGCGGACCUACGAAUUUUAUUGACACGACGUUACGAGAACUUAACAGCUUUUUGGAUAUUUCGUUUCCUCAGUUGGAUGACGAGGUUGACGUUAUCCUCCAAAACAUGCUCAUGAGGACCGGUACCCCGCAGAAGUUGGCACUGAUGCAGAAAAUUGGGAACACGCAACAAAAGUGGCUCCGUCUCGUGGAGUGGACUCGAACCGAGGUUCUCGAAAAGGAGGGAAUCUCCUUCUUUCCGGGCGAAGCCUUCCUCCCCGUCGCGGAAGGAAUGGAUGCCAACACCUUCGUCAAUUCGUUCACGUUACGAGAUGGUGAACUUGGCGAAUCCAUCGAACAUGGGAGACGGAUUGCGGACAAACUUGCCAAAUUAGGGGAACUGUUUGAGCAAAGGGAAAAAAUUAGGGAACUGAUCAAAGAACAUUUGGUCGAAAACGGGCAUCGAGUCCAGGCUGCCAGGAUGGAGGUCGAUUUUCCCGGAGUCCUUGAAGAACUGUACGAUUCCCCGGAAGAACACGGAUUUGAAGAUCCCUACGUUCUGUUGGCCCUUAAUGAAAAAAUCGACGAGGCCCUUGGCGAGGAAAUUGAUGAGAAUUAUUUACACUAUGAAAUGACCCUUAUGGUGACAAACCAACUCAUGAUCAGAUCCGGUACGGUGGAACAUUCAGCGUAUGAACAGAUGGCGAACAAUUUGCCCUAUUUAAAACUGAAGAACUCAAUUGUGAACGAUAUUGUGAGACUGAUUGAUAGGGUGGAGAGAUUAAAGACGUGAUUAUCUAUUUACUACCCAUUAAUAGAAACCAUUGUUCAUUCAAAUUAAUACAAAGUAAAAAAAAUUAAAGGUUAUUUGGCCGAUGAUUUUUUCCUUAUGUUAUUAUUAAAAUAAUUUAUUUUCAAACUUAAACCUGAUUUUCACUUCAAAAGUAGAAUAAAUAUGCAAAAUCAAAUCGUUUUCAAUAGCAAUCAGUAAA